AUGGAUGCAGAAUUGGCAGAUAAAUACAGAAGUAUAGAGAGAGCCCAAGAGAAGCUGGCCAAGCUACAAGGUGAGCUAGAAGUUACCCAAUCACAACUCAUUCAAGCUACUGAAGAGCUCCAGAAACUUUCCAACCUCUCUCCCAGGAGAGCUCCUCUAGCAGAAACUGAUAAAGGAGAGCUUAGGAACACACUUGCAUCAAAAAUGCAAAUAAUCAGUACUCUGCGAGACAACUCUGUCCAGAUAGAAGAGGGAAUGCUGACAGCCCAGGGAGAUAUUCAACAGAAUAAAGCUGACGUGGCAGAACUGAGAGGUCGUAUGCAGAGAACUGACAGUCAGGGGUCCCUCUACCGAGUGAUGAGAGAAGAAAUGUCAGACAAACAACACCAAAUAGACACCAGAAUUCAAGAUUACACAGAGCUCCAGACACAACUUGAAGAUAUGUUGAACCAUAUAGCACAAGAGACAAAUGAUGUCAAAUCCAUAGAAGAACAGUUACGUGAUGGCCAGGUUGCACAGAAUGAUGCCUUGCGUACUGAACUAGAAGGUGUUGUAGGGGGACUCCAGACAUAUCUUCAUGAUGUAAAACAGAGGGCAGCCAAUCAGAAUGAAGCAUAUAAUUCACCUUUAAUUCACUUUUAUUAUUUAUUUAUCCAUGUUCCAGGCCAGGUUGCACAGAAUGAUGCCUUCCGUACUGAACUAGAAGGCCAGGUUGCACAGAAUGAUGCCUUGCGUACUGAACUAGAGAGUGUUGUAGGGGGACUCCAGACAUAUCUUCACGAUGUAAAACAGAGGGCAGCCAAUCAGAAUGAAGCAUAUAAUUCACUGCAGAGAGAGAAGGAUGCAUUAGAAGAAAGAAUACAUAACCUUGAGAAGGAGAUGGGCAUCAUGGAUUCAGAGGCUGGAGGUUAUAUGAAAUUAAGAGAAAAAUUGCACAAUCUUGAAGUAUCCUUACAUACAAAAGAUGAAGAAAAUCAGAUGCUAAAAUCACAGCUUGAUGAAACACAAAAAUCAAUGGCUGAUAAACAAGUUAUGUUAAAUAAACUUGAAAAUGAACAAAAGAGGGCAGCACAUGCUGUUGAUGAACUAAAGCAGGUUGAUAUUGGAAAAGAUAUGAUGGGUAACAGAAUAAAAGAGCAACUUGAACACAUUCAGGCAGCUAACACAGAGCUUCAAUCCCAGUUACAAGAAAGAGACAAUGAGAUUCAAGAGUUACUCAACAAAUCAACCCAGCCUCAACAUAUUCAACAGAAACUACAGGACAUGAUGGAAAGCAUUGAUGCAGGCCAGGCCCCAGAUGAAUCCAUAUUUGAAGAACCAAAUGAGGUUAAUGAAGCUUUAAUGGAGAUGCAGCGCCAGCUAGUUGACAAGAUAUACACUAGCCAGGCAGACGUGAAGAAAGCUGAGAAAGAGAAAUCAAAGGCCGAGUCAGAAGUAAGAAAAUUGAGAGAACAACUCUCAAAAUUGAACCAAGCUAACACCACACAACCUCAACACAACUCCAGCAAUGGUGAUAAUGACACAAUAGCUCAACUGCAAGAGGAAAUAUCUCAGCUAAAAGAUGCCUUAAAACAGUCCAUGCAAAAACAGACAUCUAACCAAUCCACUGGUCUACCUAACCACUUCCUUGAGCCUACACCUCGUAGUGACCACACCAGCAUUGGGGGCUCACAAAGGGGACCUUUGAGUGGUAUAGGAGGUUCACAGUGGGGUGCUAUGAGUGAUGAUUCAGAUGUUAUCGAAGAGAAGGCCAUUUAUGAGCAACUGCAGAAUGAGUUAGAAGAUCUGAGAAAUAGACUUGAAGAGAAGGAUAGACUGGCAUCAAAACAGGCAAUGAAUGCAGAGAAUGAGAUGCUCAAAUUAAAGAGAGAAUUAGAUAGAAAAGAAAAAGAGUUAGAAAAUGCUAGAAAUUUCCAUGUUCCACAAGCUAGCCAUCCUUCAGUUGAUGACCAUUAUAGAGAUAAAGAUCACCAUAGCAACCAAGAUUCCUAUGAUGUUACAUAUGAUAGAAGAAAUCAAGGCCAAAACAAAGCAACACAACAAGGCAAUCCACAACAUCACCAUGGCAACCAAUAUGAUUACCCUCACAACUCAGGUCAAAACUACCGCAAUGGCCACCCUAGUGGACCUCCUAGCUGGGCAACCCAGCCUAUUCCCCACCAAAGGGGUGGUCAAAUCCCUCCUGAGGAUGACCCAAUGGUGAGGGAGCUACAUGGAGAACUGGAAAAAGCUCAAGAUGACAUAACAGAACUUGUUCAACUCCUAAAGGAGAAAGACCACGACUUGCAAGAUACGAUGGCCCAAACUGGAAGGUCAAAUCAAAUUGUUGCUGCCAAAGAAGAAGAAAUUGAAAGAUUGCAUGAUUUGUUAGAAGAUCAGAGGGGGGAAAUAGAACGGCUCAAUGAUAUUCUACACAGAUUAACUGGAAAACCUCCAGGGACAGAUAAGGAUGCUGAGAUUCAGCAAUUACGUCAUGAUAUUUCACGUCUUCGUGACCAUGUGGCUCCCUCUAUAGGCAGUGAUAACCAUGACAAUAGAGUUCCAAGUGGGUACCAUGGUAAUGGUGCUCCAAGAGAGAGACAGGUGCAUUUUAAUCCAUCAGUACAAAUACAACCUGAUGCAAACAAUGAAGCGCCAUACAAUGUUCCUUCUACAAGAGAUUCUUCCCAAGUGGGAGUGAAUGGAAGAGCCUAUAACUCACAGGGAGGCAAUUUAUUUGGUGGAACAGCAAGUAUAGACGGCUCUUAUAGACCAUAUGAUGGAACCAAUGCCCAUAUGGGACAAGCAACUGCAAAUAUAGGACACAUGGCUUCCAAUAUGGAACAUAUGGCUUCAAAUAGUAAUCAAAUUCCUCCAGGAACAGGUGGUACUUAUACUGGACAAGUGAAUUCAAAUAUGGGACAACCAACUUCAAAUAUGGUCCAGAUGCCUGCUACUAUGAGUCAAAUGACAUCUCAUAUGCCAAAUAUUCCAAAUAAUCAAAUCCCUGUAACAUUCAGUCAGAUUCCUACAACACUCAUUCCUCCAGUACAUUCCAGUGUCAUCCCUACCGUCAUUCAACAAGGAACUCCAUUCCCUGCUGUGUCCCAAGUAGCUCUGACAACUGCUGUCACACAGCAAGGAGCUCCACCCCCUGUUGUCACUCAACAUGUAGCUCCACCUACUACUGUCACUCAACAAGUGGUUCCACCUUCUACUGUGCAACAAGUACCUCCAACCACCGAGGGUGUCCCUGUAACAGAUGAUGGCCUCUACUGUAACGUGCCAGAACAUCAUGAACUAGAGGAUUAUGUGAGUGAACUACAAGACAAGAUUAAAUUACUCAAGGAGAAACUGGCAAUAGUUAAGGAACAAAGAAGAUCAGACCCAGUUCUAGUUAGUCCAGUGAGAAAAACCAAAGAUAAACAGAAAGAAAGAAGUGCAAUUAAAAGAUUAAAGGGCGAACUAGAAGAUCGUAGAGAUGAACUAGAAGGACUCGAUCUUGCAAUAGAGUCACAAAAGACAACUCUUCAAUUUAUGAAGGAGGAGGAAAGAAAGUUGGGAAAUGAAAAGGAGGCUGCCAACAGAGAGUUAAAUGACCUGAGGAGAGCUAAUGCACAAAUCAACCAGAGAAGAGAGUAUCUCGAAGGCAGACUGGAUGCAGAAACUGAAGAAUCUGAUUAUGACCUAGACCAGGAAUACACAGAUCAAACCCUGCGUGGAAGGCAGAAAUAUCUCCUGAAUGAGGUCAAAUGUUUGGAGACAACUUUAGCAAAACGUCGUGCAGAAUUAAGACAAUCUGAUAGACUUUUAGCAGAGUGUCAGAGUGACUUGGCGGCUGCUAGAGAUGAGGCAAUGGUUACAGUACAGAAAUAUGACACUGCAAAGGCUGAACUUGGGACCACAGUACAAGAAGUUGCUGAAAUAGACAGAAGAGCCGAUAUUGCUGGUAAAGAACUGAUUGAGCUUACAGAGAAGGUGAAGAGUCUACAAGAAGAGGUGGAAGUCCUUGAGACAAGAAAGUCUAAACAAGAGGAAACCCUAGCUGAUAUUAAUAAGGUGAUUGCCUCUAAGGAUGCUGAAUUCCAACAGCUUGAUAGAGAGUUGCAGAAAACCAAGCACAGUCACAUGGAACUCCAGGAGGAAAUAGAACAAGUGAAGUUACUAGAAGAAGACAAACUUAACUUUCUCCGUGAGAGUGAGGAGAUAUUGAACAAUAGGAAAGCUGAACUAGCUAAAAUAUCAGAUCAUAUUGAGAGCGAGAGAGGGGAGCUUGAACACAUUGAUAGAGAAGUAGGUAAAAAAGCUACAGAGCUAGCACAACUUGAGAAACAACAAAGUGAUAGAAAUAAGGAACUAGCUCAGCUUGGAAAGGAAGUGGAAUCAGAGAUCAAUGCACGUCGGCAUGAGAUUCAGGAAACUAGUGAAGUUCUUAGUGGUCUCCACCAACAAGAGGAACAGAUGUCUUCUGCUAUACAAGAUAAAAAAUCGCAUCUUCAUGAUUUAGAACUUGAUAUAAAAGAUCAGGAAGCAAAUUUAGAACAUUUGGAUGGUACUCUCACAAAGCAUAAAUUGGAGCUUAAGUCUCUAUUAGAGUCCUUACAUGAUGCUAAAGUGGAUGAAGAAAAGUUAAAAGAGUCAAAUUCAGCAUCACUUGCUGAGUUGGAAAAGUUAAGGAAUGCAACAUUAGAGGAAAAAUCCCUAUACAGCAAUAUUAAUGAUGCAGUCAACAAGAAACAGCAAGAGAAUGAACGGCUGAAGCAAUCAGUUGAGAGAGAACAUUUACGAGUGAAGGAACUACAGACAGAGAGGGACACCUUGGUGGCUAAUGUAGAAUCUCUCACACAGCAGAAACACUAUAUACAAGACACUUCCAGAGACUUAGAGGCAAAGGUUGAACAGUUGAAAAAAAGGUAUAUUCAGAUAGAAGACAAGAUAUCGACAGAACAGACUAGACAUGAUGUGUUGCAUGGUGAAGUAACACAGAGAGAGGCUGAGCUUGAAGAGAUGACAUCAUUAAAAUCAGCACUUCAGCGUGACCUCCAGUCAUUAAGAAAACAUGUGAAAGACCAGAAAGUUGAAGCAAGAUCCAAACAGGAUGAACUAGAUGAGGUCAAAGAAACACAUAGUGAUCUAGAAGAGGAUUUGAAACUCUUAACCAGUCAGAAGCAAGAGAUGUCAUUAGAAAUUACUUCCAUGCGAGACACAAUCAGAAACCUUCAAGCCCAAUGUGAUGAAAACCUCAGAGAGAAGGAUCGUAGUGAAUUACAGUUAGAGGACGUCAAGAGGCAGAUUGCAGAUUUACAACAAAGAAAUCUAGAGGGCAGAGAGACAUUAUCUAGAGUUCGUGAGGGAGCUCGCAAUGAGGAAACACGAAUUACAGAGACUGAGUUAUCAAGGCUCGGGAGAACACAGGAGAAAUACAUUCAGCUAGAAUCCAGAGUCAAGGAUCUGGAACAAGAAAUUGUCGAGAGGACCACAGAAAAGAACCAGUUAUCUGAGGCCUUGAAUAUGUCUUAUGUAGAGCUACAGAAUUUAAGAGCACAGAUAACACAGGAUGGUGUCUUAAGGAUGGAGCAAAUCCAUGAUUUAGAAUCUGAAUUAGAGGCAGUCAGGGAGCAACUACGUGCGACGACAAAGGAAUUAAAGAAGGAAAAACGAACUGCAGCUAGCCAAAUACAAGAACUUCAGACCUUAUCACAGGACCACUGUCAACGGGCUAAUAGACUGACUGAAGAACUAAAUAAUCUCCACACUCAAUACAUAGCACUACAAAGAGAGUUAAGAAUCAAAGAACAAAGCAGAGAGAAGGACAGCAAGUUGGAGAAAGCUUUAUAUCAACUUAAAUCUGAUAUAAAAGAGGAAGUUUCUCAAGGUUUACAGGAGUUAGAGAAGUCUAGACUGGUUGACAACACAGGAGUAGAAACUGACAUACUGUAUCAACAAAAAGAACACAUAGAAAAACAUCUGCUGACUUUAAAACAGAACUUAAGACUAGUCCAUGAAGAUUUUGACGAUGUGCCAACCAGGGAAGUCACAUUGAAAGAGAGAGAGAAGUCUGUCAGAAAAGACAAAGAAAACCUUGAGUUUCAACAACAACAGGAUGAUAUAAAAAGACAACUUCAGCAACAGAUGAGCCGCCAUGCCCAGACUAUAGAAAUUGGACGUAAACAGUCUGCUGACACAUUAGAUGGUUUAAAGCACAAGCUCAAUACACUACAAGAUGUUCUUGGGUCAGGUGAAUCAGCAGAUCUCAAGGCCAUCAGGGAACUAACAAGGUCAAGGUCAAACUCUAGAUCAAGGAAUCAAAGGUCGAGGUCACCUACAUGGUCUGAAAGGUCAAAGUCGCCUACCAGAGAAAAUGACCUGCUGUCAACUAAAGUAUGA